GAUUUUCCCUAAUCAAAGAAAGCCCUACCCCAACCAAAUCUCCCUCCUGAAGUUAUUGUCAAAGCGGGUACGUCACCGGCAGUCAAAACUCACGCCGACCCUCCUCCAAACAUUGGUGUUCACCACCCUCUUCCCCUUCCUUAUAUUCUCUCCACCCACCAACACACUUCGACAUGGAUACUCUCAAGGAGAUUCAGAAGCUCGAAGGCCACACCGACAGGGUCUGGGGCCUCGCGUGGAACCCACUCUCCGGUCUCGACGGUCACCCCUAUAAACUCGCCUCUUGCAGCGGCGACAAAACCGUCCGUAUCUGGGAACACAAACUCUCCAACUCCUGGGAAUGCCAGGCAGUUCUGGAUGAUCCGCACACCAGGACCGUCAGAUCGUGCUCUUGGUCCCCCUCCGGUAAGCUCCUCGCCACCGCCAGCUUCGACGGCACCACCGCGAUUUUCCAGGACGUUGGGGAUGACUACGAGUGCGUCUCCACUCUGGAGGGUCAUGAGAAUGAGGUGAAGAGUGUGUCUUGGAAUGCGUCUGGUUCUUUGCUUGCGACUUGUGGGAGAGACAAGACUGUGUGGAUAUGGGAGGUGUUGCCUGGGAAUGAGUUCGAGUGCGUUGCGGUGUUGCAGGGACAUACGCAGGAUGUGAAGAUGGUUCAGUGGCAUCCCAAUAUGGAUAUUUUGUUUUCGUGUAGCUAUGACAACACUGUCAAGAUAUGGGCAGAUGAUGGUGAGGAUGAUAAUUGGGCGUGUGUGCAAACAUUAGCUCAAUCUAACAGUGGUCACUCUUCUACUGUGUGGGCUCUAUCGUUUAAUCCUACUGGAGACAAAAUGGUUACCUGCUGUGAUGAUCUUACUCUCAAAAUAUGGGGAACAGACAAUGGGAAGAUGCUAUCUUCUGAUGGCUUUGCACCUUGGAGCCAUCUUUGCACUGUUGCAGGUUAUCAUGAUAGGACAAUAUUUUCAGUUCAUUGGUCAAGGGAUAACAUCAUUGCCAGUGGAGCUGCUGAUAAUGCUAUACGGUUUUUUAUGGAGAAUAAUGAGAGCAAUAGUUUGGUUGAUGGGCCUUCCUUUAAUUUUCUUCUCAAGAAGGAGAAGGCCCACAACAUGGAUAUAAAUUCGGUGCAGUGGAGUCCUGGGGAGAACAGGCUUCUUGCUUCGGCAUCUGAUGAUGGGACGAUCAAAAUAUGGGAGUUGACAUCUGUCACGUCAACUGCUGAAACAACUGUAUCAUCUGUAUGACUCAGUUAUUAGUGUGAAAUCCUUGUGAAGUGGAUACAAUGAAUUUUUAUGAGAACGGAGAUGGUGAAGAUUGAAGCUUAAACUACAAUGUAUAGGAGAACGAGGAAACGGGAGCUUUCUGCAGCUAAUGACGGGACUGUUUAAAUAUGAGAGAUGGUAUCGAUAUGCUGCACUGCAGGACAAACCUAUUCACCUUUGGUAGCGGAAUCAAGCAUGAUUAUAAAGGACCUAUCAUGUAGUGAAUCAUAGCGUCUAUUUAUUGUGUAUUUCAUUUUAGUGUAUCUUUAUGGGAAUGAAGAUAGUGUUUCAACUUUCAACCUAAAUCCAAUGGU